AACAGUCAUGGAAAUGGAGUUAAAGGCUUAAGAGAAUGACACCUGUUUUAAUUUGGUCAAGACAAUUGUUGUUUAUUACAACAAUUUUGAAUUCUCCCUAUAGAUUAGUUGGCUUUUUGCCCCAACCUUCAAAAUUCAUAAAUUAGAUUCCUUUUUUUCAUGUUUUCAUUUUUUUGACCCAAAAAAGUUCCAACCUUUUUUGUAGAACCCAUUUCGGUUCUUGUUGAAGAACACAAUUUGGGGACUUUAUAUAUUGUUUUUAAGGGAAGUAAAUCUGACCCAAAGUGCCAAAACAAGCUGAUAGCUUAAAACCAGUUGAGCUAUGGGGGUUACAAGUCCACUCAAAGGCCAUUCUAACUCUUAUUCUUUAAACAAGAAGCUCUUUUUGCCUUUUUCUGUUUAUGCCCCUUAUGCCCUUUUUUCUCUUCUUCUCAUAGCUCUCUUUCGCUUGAGUUUUCACCCUUUUUCAUCUUCCAUUAACCAAUCUCCUGUAUCUUUCUCCAGAGAGGGGAAUGUUUAUGAAAAUCCAUGUAACUACAGCAAUGGCAAAUGGGUGCAUGAUAGGGAUGGGCCUUUAUACAAUGGCACAACUUGUGGUACAAUCAAAGAAGGUCAAAAUUGCAUCUUACAUGGCAGACCUGACUUGGGUUAUCUUUAUUGGAGAUGGAAACCAAGGAAAUGUAGGCUUCCAAGGUUUGAUCCCAACACUUUCUUGCGCUUACUUAGAAACAAACAUAUAGCUUUUGUUGGUGAUUCAAUUGCUAGGAACCAAUUGGAAUCACUUCUUUGCAUGUUAGCUACUGUCUCUAAGCCUAACUUGGUUUACACAAGUGGGGCAGAUAACAAGUUCCGGAGAUGGCAUUUUGAUUCUCAUAAAAUUGUUGUAUCAGUUUAUUGGUCACCAUUUCUAGUUAGGGGUGUUGAGAAAUCAAAAACUGGUCCAAAUCAUAAUGAAGUGUAUGUGGAUAGUGUUGAUGAGAGGUGGGGAGCUGAUUUGGUUCAUAUAGAUAUGAUUGUAUUAUCAAUAGGUCAUUGGUUUCUUCAUCCAGCUGUUUAUUAUGAGAGUGGUUCAGUAUUAUGUUGCCAUUACUGUAAUGGACUAAACCAUAGUGAGAUAGGGUUUUAUGGUGUGAUGAGGAAGGCUAUAAAGACUGCUCUUAAGACCAUAAUUGAAAGGAAAGGGGCUAAUCAUGGUGAUGGGAUUGAUGUAUUCCUCACCACGUUUUCACCUUCGCAUUUUGAAGGCCAAUGGGAUAAGUUUGGUGCGUGUCCGAGGACAAAACCUUAUAGGAAAGGAGAGAAAAGGGUUGAAGGGAUGGAUGCAGAGAUGAGAGCUGUUGAAGUUGAAGAAAUGGAAACUGCAAAGCUAAAUGCUAAGAAGUUUAAAGGUAGGUUGAGAUUAGAGACAUUGGAUGUAACCAAAUUGUCUUUACUUAGGCCCGAUGGUCAUCCAGGACCAUACAUGUAUCCGUUUCCGUUUGCUAACGGGGUUCACGACCGAGUUCAGAACGACUGCAUCCAUUGGUGUCUACCAGGUCCUAUAGAUACUUGGAAUCAAAUAAUGUUACAAGUUAUCAGGAGAUGGAAUAUUCAAUCAAGGAGAGGAGUGAGGCUAAUACCAUAACCGUACCAUAUAUUGCUAGGUCUUCGGUUUCAGCGCUGUGGGGAUGUAAAUGUUAUAAGUAUGAAAUGUAUAGAGGAAUUUUAAAGAUCAUUUGCAGUUAUUUUAUUUGUUUUAUAGGUCACACUUCAUUGGGAGAUUGUGUGUGUGUGAGAGAGAGUUUGUGUUAGGCUUGAAUCUUGAGUACCGUUUUGGUGUAGGGAAUUUGAUUAUGUUGUGUGAGGGUUUAUGCAGAGAAAUUUAUAAAAUUUUACGUGUUGAUUUCAUA